AUGGCCGCCGGCGUCGUUUCCGAAGUCAUCGGGCAACUGGGUUCUAUCCUAGCCGACGAGCUACAUCGUCGUGCGAUGAUCGUCAUAGAUGCCGACGACGAUGUGAGGAUGCUGAGCAGUACUUUCAAAGCCAUCGAAGCCGUGCUCAAGGAUGCCGAGCAGCAGCAGCUCACCAGCGAAGCUGUGAAGGUUUGGAUCCAGAACCUCAAAGAUGUAGCUUAUGAGAUGGACGAUGUGCUGGAUGAAUGGAAUACUGCUAUUCUUCUCCAGGAGGAAGAAGAAGGGCAUGGAAAUAGACCUAAUUGGAUAGAGAUGCAGCUUCUUCGAAUCUUCAGCUGUCUCUUUAAAGUAUGCCCCUUUUUUACCCCUUUCUCUUGGAAUUCCUUCGAUGAAAUUGGCGUGAGAUAUGAUAUUGGUAGCAGGAUUAAGGUGCUGAAUCAGAGACUUGAUGUGAUUGAUAAGGAGAAGAACACCUACAAUUUUACUACUUAUAAUGAUUGUAACAACAAUGCACAUCGAGAUCUUGGUGUGGGUAGAAAAUUAACGAGCUCUGUCCUGUAUACGGAGGUGAAGGGUAGGGAGGUGGAAGAGGCCGAGCUAGUGAAGAUGCUAGUGAGCGACAGCGAGGAUAGUGAAAGUUGUGGUCUGCAAGUGAUCUCUAUAGUUGGGAUGGGUGGAUUGGGGAAAACAACUUUGGCUAAGUUGGUGUACCGAGAAGUGAGGAUGAAGGGGAACCAUUUCGACAAGUGCAUUUGGGUGUGUGUUACUGAUACCUUUGACGAGGUACGAGUUGCGAAGUCGAUCCUUGGAGCUCUUUGGGAUUCUAGGGUGGAUGUAGAGGGCGACUUUGCUGAUGUGUUAGAGAAGAUACACAACUGUGUUACUGUUAGGAAAUUGAAGCUUUUUCUCGUUCUGGAUGAUGCUUGGGAACAAGAUGUUAGCAGUGGACAUGCCUUUUUGGGAUGGGAUAGCAAGGAGAUUGAGUUGGUGAAGGAUAUUGGGGAGAAAAUAGUGAGACAGAAAUGUAAUGGUUUGCCUCUUGCUGCAAAAGUUCUGGGAGCAGCCUUGCGCUCUGUAACGUCCCGAAGACAGUGGGAGGGUGUCUUGAAUAGUCGGGUAUGGGAGCUUAAGAUAAGUAAGGAAGUCGAUCUUUUUGCCCCCUUAUGGUUGAGUUACCAUGAGUUGCCUCCACAGUUGAAACAAUGUCUAUCUUAUUGUGCCAUUUUCCCCAAGGAUUUCAUAGUGGAAAAGGACAAGUUAAUAAGGUUAUGGAUGGCUCAAGGGUAUCUUGGAGCACCCUCAAGUAAAGAAGGGGACUUGGAAUUAGUUGGAGAAAUAUAUUUUGACAACUUGGCCAGACGUUCAUUCUUCCAAGAAAUUGAAACAAACGACAGCUUACUUGGUAGCGGAGUGACAUGUAAAAUGCAUGAUUUGGUACAUGAUUUUGCACAAUUCAUAUCUAGCAAUGAAUGUUACAGCAUGGAGGCUGAUGUUCUGGAGCAGCAUAAUAUGGAGUUCUUAAGAGGAAAAGUGCGGCAUUUAGGAGUAGUCCUGCCACGUCGAGAGUUUCCUACUUCAUUUAAUGAUUGGAAGAGUGUGCGCAGCCUUCUAUUUCUGGGUUAUCUGCAGUAUCCUGAUCCAGUAGUUUCAAGGUUGCCUGAUUUGCUGGAUCAAUCGAAAUGUCUAAGAUCAUUGGACGUGAGCAACUGUGAUCUUGAUGAGUUGCACCCAGGAAUAUGUGAGCUGAUGCAUCUAAGGAUGCUAGACGUUUCAAGCAACCGAUCUUUGAGAAGGUUGCCUGAGGGAAUAUGCAACUUGCAUAAUCUACAAACUUUAGCCCUGAAUUACUGUCAUAAUUUGAUGGCAUUGCCAAAUAGGAUGGAGAAGCUUGUUAAAUUGAGGCAUCUACUCAAUCUUAAUGUUCCAGCUGCCAUUCCUAAAGAAAUUGGAAGACUCCAUGGGCUCAGGACAUUGCUGGAGUUAAAUUUGGAAAGUAGUAGUACGACUGAUUUAGCUUCACUUUCGGAUCUUCAAAACUUGAAUCUGCUUCAGGGACACUUAAAGAUAAAUGGGCUAGGACUGUCAUUAGAUCAUGUGAGUGAGGCUAAGCAAGCAGAACUGGAGAAGAAAAAGGACUUUACAGUUUUGUCACUUCACUUCAGUUGGGACGAAGAUAACCACCCAGAGUGGAGGACAAUUGAGGAUGAAAAGUUAGUAGAAGUACUAAAGCCGCCUGAAUGUGUGCAACAUCUGACCAUAGUGAGGUACAAUGGUACCAAACUCUCCCCUGGUUGGUUGCUAUCACUAAUCCACUUGAGGAAAUUUACACUCAAAUUUUGCUUCAACUGUGAGCAGUUGCCUCCUCUGGGGAGGUUGCCAUCUCUUGAGGAACUUGAGCUAGGAUCCUUGGAUGUGGAGAAGGUGGGCCGCGAGUUUUUGGGUUUCCCGGAAGAUGACAAUGUCUCGUCGUCGUCGGUUGCAUUCCCAAGGUUGACGAGACUUCGGUUUUUCAACAUGAAGUAUUGGACAGAGUGGGAUGGGUGGGAACUGGAUGUUCAGAUCAUGCCGUGUCUUCACACCUUGGAGGUCGGACGCUGUUAUUCGCUGAAGAAAUUACCAGACCAACUCCUUCAGAAAACUACCCUGGAGGAGCUGAAGAUCAACUGGUGCUAUUACCCUCUCAGUGAGAUUUACCAAAGUGGUUAUCCUCAUAGUUCUUCUGCCCAUAAAGGAGAAGAAUGGGAAAGAGUGGCUCAUAUCCCCAAACUUACCAUCGAUAAAUUCACACGCUACAAUGAUGGGACAUCUGCAGUCGACGGCCCAGACGAAUGGGAAGAUGAACUUGAAGAGCUUUUGAAACCAGAAGAUGCUGAUUAUGAGUCAUAUUAGUUGUUUCCAUGAUUGCUUAAUUAACUGAGUUUUUUCUAGGAUCAGUACAGCGACACUUUCUUUACAGCUGACGUUGGCACACCAUUUGUGAACAUAAUAGGUUAGAUGUUUGAGGUUAGUAUAUGGCAAGUUGAACUUACAGGCAGCUUUGAUUUUCAAAAGUUUCAUAUCUUUUGUCAUUGAUUGUGGU